AUGUGGCUCGACCGCAUCUCAGGCAAUUCGACUCCUGGACCUGGGUUCGAUAGUCGCGGCAGCUCUCCUAUCCCUCGAAGAUCCUCUCAUUUAUCUCCAGUACCGCAGAACAACCGUCCGGGUUCGAAUCGGCAUGGCUCGUCCUUAUCAGUAUUGUUGACACCGAAUGAUUCGAAUACGUCCCUUCCUGCUACGGCCCGCGAUACGAAUGGACGACUGAAUGCGACCAAGUCUCGUCCCUCAGAUGUUCUCGAUCCACUCGAAGUUCUGAAUGGUAUUCUCAGCAAACGAAAGGGGGAGAGCGCCGCUAAGGCAACGGCAUCGAACCCGGAGGUUAAGCCUUCACAGCUGGUAGAGAUAAUCGACUUUGGGGAACUUAGCCUUGAGGAAUUCGUCGCCAAGGAGGACGAACACCGACCGAGGAGGGUUCAAAACACCGAUGCUGGGGCUCAGACGAUCGAGCAAUUCGAGAAGGAAAGGGACAAGUUCCAGGAACUACACUUAGCGAUCACGGGCUGCGACGAUGUAUCCAAGUCGGUCGAGACAUAUCUGAGUGAUUUCCAGAGUGAACUAGGGAGUGUCUCGGCGGAAAUCGAAAGCCUCCAGACUCGAUCCAUACAGCUGAAUGCCAUGCUGUCGAAUAGGCGGAACGUAGAACAGCUUAUGGGGCCCGCUGUAGAGGAAAUCAGUAUCUCACCAAAAGCGGUUCGGCUUAUUGCAGAAGGUCCAAUCGAUGACAACUGGGUCAAGGCUCUCAACGAGGUUGAGACUCGAACCGCAAGUAUAGAGGCAAAGGCAUCCAGCUCUAGCAGCACCAAGUCCAUCGAUGAUGUUCGUCCGCUUCUCAGCGAUCUGAAUAACAAGGCAGUUGAAAGAAUCAGAGACUAUCUCGUUUCCCAGAUCCGGGCGUUGCGGUCACCGAAUAUCAAUGCCCAAUUGAUCCAGCAACAGCGUCUGGUUAGGUUCAAGGACCUCUACAGCUACUUAUCAAGAGCUCAUCCGACACUUGCAGGGGAGCUCACGCAGGCAUACGCCAACACGAUGAGGUGGUACUACUCGUCGAAUUUCAACCGUUACCUUCUAGCGCUCGAGAAGAUCAAGAUUUACCCUAGCGAUCGGAACGAUGUUCUUGGAGGAGACCCCUCAGCGCAAAGGACAGGAAAUAUCGUUCCUGGUGGCCGAGCUGGAUCUGCAGCACACGACCCAUUUUCUUUAGGACGGAGAAUCGACAUUCUUCGGAACGGCAAUUCCAUGGCUAUUUCCUCUUAUGUAGCCGAGGAAGAUAAUGCCUUCCAUGGGAUAGAGGUUCCCUUCCGCAACUUCAACCUUGCCAUUUUGGACAACGUUUCUGCUGAAUAUUCGUUCAUGACCGAGAUGUUCUCGGCGUUGAGUUUCCACCAAAUUACCCGCAAGGCCAUGGAGAUAUUCGAACCUGUCUUCAAUUUGGGGUACGGCAUGACAAAACAAUUGAUCGAGCAGACUACGGACUCGCUGGGCGUGCUGUUAUGUGUUCGCCUCAACCAGCACGCAGCUUUCGAAUUGCAGCGGCGCAAAGUCCCCGUUUCCGAUUCAUAUAUCAACGGCAUCAACAUGCAGUUGUGGCCACGCUUCCAGGUAAUCAUGGACGCUCACUAUGAGUCUCUCAAGCGAGUGGCGGCAAACACAGGCCGGAGUGCCGUGUCAGCCCUCUCCCUAGCAGGAGGCGAUGAUUUAAGCCGAUCAACAGCGCCUCAUUUUCUUACACAGCGAUUUGGCCAACUAGUGCACGGAAUCCUGGUGCUCAGCAGCGAAGCUGGGGAUGACGAGCCGGUGUCCAACAGUCUGAGACGACUGACUGCUGAGUUUGAUUCGCUUCUCGCGAAGUUGAGUCGGACUGGCGGAGACGCGAAACGGAGAGAGCGGUUUCUCUACAACAAUUAUUCUUUGAUUCUCACCAUUAUUAGUGAUACCCAAGGCAAACUAGCGACUGAGCAGAAACAGCAUUUGGAGCAGAUGCUCAAGAGUUCUGGCAAACGCGGUUAG